AUGGCCCCUCCAACAGCCGCAAAACGCCCGCACGCCGCCGUGAGCAAAAGUGGCGCGAAUGUGUCCAUCACUGAACCAUGGACCGAAACACCAUACGCCAACUUUGACUGCUCGAAAUAUGACUACGUGCCGACCGAUGACGGCGGAUUCUGGCAAUUGCAACAGCAGCAUGCGCCUUCAGAACAGCUGCCCAACGUAGUACCGCUUAUUGCCACAAGCAAAUCGCCUAUACAGAAGCACCAGGACGUCGAAUGGACCUGUUUGUCGGCGGCAUGUCCAUCGAAGCCGUUCAAACGCAAAAUCGACCUUGACCGGCAUUACAUACAAGCCCACGCCGACAGCCAGGCACAGCCGUCACCUGCGCUUUCUUUCAAAGACAUCACGCCUGCGACGAGCAUUAGUAAUCCGAGCCCUAAAAUCACCACCAAAACGUCAGCCAACGGCAAACCCAAGGGUGCCGUGGGCGCCGGCGCGGUAGCCAAUGCAGGGAACAGGAAUAACAGCGUCAGCGGCACGGGCAAGGAGAAGGACGGGGCCUUUCUUUGCGACUACCCGGCCUGCAGUCGCAAGAACGAGCCUUUUAGCCGCAAAGACCGUUUGCGCGUCCACCUCACCGACGUGCACAAGGAGGACGUUGACAAGAAGACGGGAGACAUGUCGGACUCGUGGCUGCAGGAGCGCAAAAUCUAUCCCAAGUGGUGGCGCUGCACGAAGUGCCUCGACAGGGUCAAAAUUGAAGAGAGCGGAUGGGAGUGUCCCAAGGAUGGCUUCAAGAUCGAAGAAAGGCGGCGUGACUUUCGCCAAAAGCAGCAAGCCAUAUAA